UCCUCAGUGCUCAGGAGGUUGGAGGAAGAUGAUGAUGCGGCCGAGCGGACCUCGUGCGUCGCGCGCUACUCAUUAGACGUAGAUUUUUUUUCUUUCACUUGCCUUGUCUAGUUUCUUGCCAAAUAUAUACAUAUUGCUGCUCAAUGUGGAGGUGCGAGAGGAGCGACGCAGAAACUGAGUAGGUGCGACGUCAGAGAAGCAGAAGAAGAGAGGAAAGGAGAGGAAGAGGGGGCGAAGUGAACGGGGCUGGGCAUCAAAUUGUACCGGAUGUCAUUAUACUCUGUUAAAUACCAAGGACUUUAAUCACGACCAGCGGUACAGCUAUGGAGGUUGUAACACAUUUUGUGAAUGACACAGUAGAGUUUUAUAAAUGGAGCCUUACUAUAGCAGACAAGAGGGUGGAGAACUGGCCGAUGAUGUUCUCUCCCUCUCCCACACUGGCCAUCAGCUGCCUGUACUUGAUCUUCCUGUGGGCGGGGCCUAGGUACAUGCAGGACCGCCAGCCCUUUACGCUCAGGAAGACCCUCAUAGUGUACAACUUCAGCAUGGUGGUCCUCAACUUCUAUAUCGCCAAAGAGCUCCUACUAGCAUCAAGAGCCGCUGGGUACAGCUACCUGUGUCAGCCUGUCAACUACUCAAAUGACGUGAAUGAAGUCAGGAUAGCAUCUGCUCUUUGGUGGUACUACAUCUCCAAAGGUGUGGAGUUCCUGGAUACGGUCUUUUUUAUACUGAGGAAGAAGUUCAACCAAGUCAGCUUCCUCCACGUCUACCAUCACUGUACCAUGUUCAUCCUGUGGUGGAUCGGUAUCAAGUGGGUCCCUGGUGGACAGUCGUUUUUCGGUGCAACCAUCAACUCUUCCAUCCACGUGCUCAUGUACGGUUACUAUGGCCUCGCCGCCUUGGGACCUCACAUGCAGAAGUACCUCUGGUGGAAGAAAUACCUCACCAUAAUUCAGAUGAUCCAGUUUCAUGUAACCAUCGGCCACGCCGGUUAUUCCCUCUACACUGGCUGCCCGUUCCCCUGCUGGAUGCAGUGGGCGCUGAUCGGCUACGCCGUCACGUUCAUCGUCCUCUUCGCCAACUUCUACUACCACGCGUACCGACGCAAACCUUCGUCGCAGAAAGGCGGCAAGCCAGUAGCCAACGGCACUUCGGCUGUGACCAACGGCCACAGCAACAUGGAAGAAGUGGAGGAAAACGGAAAGAGGCAAAAGAAGGGAAGAGCGAAAAGGGAGUGAAGAAGAAAGGGGGGGGCGCGUGCCUGGCAACGAUCUGCAAGUGGACGUAGAUGGAGGGAGGGGAGAAAUCAACCAGACAAUCAUUUCUGCAGAUAAUGUAGAUUAACGUGAUUCGGGACCAACGUGAGAAGAACAGUGGGUGUCAGUGUGUAUUUAUGGGCAAGUCUGUAAAAGCUUCUGGUUUUAGGCGGAAAACAGUCGUGUUGUUUUGUCUCCAUAUCAUUUUUUUUUUUUAUGAAGAAAAGCAAAAUGCUGAUCACAUAGGCUCCACGCUAUUCUGUCCAGCUGUGUUUUGGACCCUGUUAGGACCAAAAUGUCACAGAGGAUGCAAACAUGCUCAGCAUCCACAACCAAAAUUCACCUCCAACUUUUGUACUCUGGAUUCUAACACUGCUAUAUCUGAAAGCUUGAAUAGUUAAUGUGCUAUCUUAUUUACUAGUGCUCUAAAUAAAUUUUGAUUACUUUAAGUGUUACCAGAAGAUUUUUUUUUUGCUAUCUUGAUUUGUUUCGUGGGGGGGGUGGGGGGGCAUUUUGUUUACAGAUGCAGUUGAUUUGAAUACGGCUAUCAAAGGAAACUACACAACCCUCACGCCUGCCAUCUGUUGUAUUUUGCAUUGCCUUGUAAAAGUAUUAAUAUCCCCUGUGUUAUUUUUUUUUAGAACCACAAACUUCUGUAAUCUAUCGAGAUUUGAUAUGUCAUAGAUCAACACAAAGUGGCAUGUAUUCCUGAAAGAGAAUCAAAAUAUUUCAUGAUUACUUCAUUUGGAAAAUUGCAGAUGAUGCCUUUUGCGGUUGUCUUUUAAAAGUGGCUUUUUAUUUCCACUCUUCCAUAAAGACAAUCAUCUGUGAGAAGCACAACUAACGGUUAUUCCACCUGAGCUGUGGCAUUCUGCUGCUCCUCCAGAGUUCAUGUUGGGCCUCUUGGCUCCUUUUUGAUUCAUACUUCCCUUGAAAAUUGGAAAGAAAGGGGAAAAAAUACAUGUCUCCAAUUCCUUCUACUUUUGAAUUUCUCUAUGCUUUCUGUUGAUCCCUCACAUAAAACAAAUUGAAGUUUGUGAUUGUGACUUGACAACUUAAAAAUGUCAAGACCAAUGAAUACUUUUGCAAAGCACUGUUGCUACUUUACGGUCAUCUGCAGCAUCUACCAGUGACACUAUGGAUAGUGCAAUGUUUUGCAAAGAAUAAAUUGCUGCAUUUAUAGAUUAAUAUGCGACUACGUUGCUGAUUCAAAAGACUUGGGAUUAAAACUUAGGGUAGUUCUUUAAAUCUUUCGGAAAAUGUUGUCGACUCUGUAACAAUACAUUUCUUUUAAGGGUCUUCACAAAUUAUUUCUGCUGUGCGUCAUAGAUGAGUUUGAAGGAUAUUGUCUCACUGCCACUUAGAAGCAAGGGGAAAUGCAUCCCAAAGGAAACGCUUUUUUAAAGAUAUUAAGAAUUUUAUUGUUUUGUUUAAAGAAAGGUGACUGCUUCCUGGCUUCACAAUUAAAUGAAAUAAAUAAACUGUCAGCACUGUC